GCUGCAGCAAUGCAUCACUUUAUUUCCAUGAUGUUUUCACUGCUAGUCUUCACUGGGCUGCAGGUGAGUGUUGAGUCCGCAGGAAUUCGUUUUGUGCGGAGCAUCGACAGACAUUACAGAUCGGAGCUGAAGGUGCCGAACGGAGGAGGAUGGGGGUCGUGGGGUCAAAGGCAAAUGUGUCCGAUCGGAACGUACGCCGCAGGGUUCAGUGUAAAGGUGGAAGAUCCUGUUGGUGAUGGAGACGAUACUGCACUCAACGGGAUUCGCCUUCACUGCAUUAAAGGCUCAUCACAAUCCUAUCACGACUACUCCUCAGUUCAGUCAGAUGUAGGCAGCUGGGGUCGGUGGACAGAUAUCAAAUGGUGUUCUUCUGGAUACUUGACUGCUUUUCAGCUGAGAGUCGAAAGAUCUCAAGGAAACGGUGAUGACACGGCCGCAAACAACAUCAAGUUCCAAUGCAGUCAAGGGACUUUACAGGGUGACGGCACAGGCUGGGGCGAUUGGGGCGACUGGAGUCAAACAUGUGAAGGAAAAGGGAUUUGUGGUAUCAGCACGCGGAUAGAAGCGCCACAAGGACGAGGAGACGACACCGCUCUCAAUGACGUGAUCAUGUACUGCUGCAAUUAAGAUGAUGCGAUCUCAAUCAAACACUCGGAUCUCAGAGCUGUUUGUAA